AUGACGACUUCAUCGAUGACCCCUCCGAGUAGACCCGAAUCUGCCAAAACGAAUUCCACUGGCGCAUCAAGUUACUCUCCGCGGGCAUCAUCCACACCAUCGACACCAACCUGGCCUUCCAGAGACUUUACUCUACCGAAACAGGCUGCCAGUCGGGAUAAUAAAUUGUCAUCUGUAGGCAAGCGCGACAACGACGAUGAGGAGUGCGCAAGCACUCUACUCACAAUGUGCCAAGAUAUCCUAGCAUCUCAACAUGGGACUCAUCGUUCCUCGAGCUGCCCCUUGGGAGAUGACCAAGUCUCACCUUCCUCAAUUCGACACAGACAGCUCAGUGACCGCGUUGUGGGCAACGUUCCGUAUACAAAUGGCGAGGAAAGAUUACAGCAGACUCCCCAAAGGACCGUUAGUGUCCAUAACAGACUCAACCCCAUGGAGUCACGACUACUGGCUCCAGGGGGUAAUGUUCAUGUCCCUCCAGCAGCCCGUCAAUCUGAAUCCGCGACACCAGGCCAGGCAGUUGGCUCAAUCUCUGGGCCUUCCCCCCCAGCCCAGCCUGCGUCAAUUUCUUUUCCUGGAACGCCUUUAGGACCGAUGACACCUAUUGGAGGGCCUUCGCCAAGACGCAAUGCCUCAGCAACUCUGCCGUUUCCUACCGUGAAUAGUGUUAGUCAUGUGCCCUCUCGUGCAUCUGAUCGGCGACAGUCUUUACAUGGCUUUUUAUCUGCUAAGCGACCGUUCGAAGACAUAACGCCGGAAGACACCAGACCUCAAUAUCCCCAUCUACAUCCUCUGACGGGAGCACCCACCGGUCCUCUCUUAGCGAUGUCGGAUCGUGCUGUUCGGUCCUUCCCGAGUCCGGGGCCCCCAAGCGAGUCCGCCUCGCCAUGGUCGGAAACGCUGCGGAGACAUGGGAUGGGAGGGUCACUUUUUGGCGUUGAGGGACAGCAAGCCAUGUUAGCACUUCCGGGAAGCGAGGCACCUAUCCCUGUGCAUAUGGACUUUUCGCAAGCGUCCAAGAAAGCAGACGAGAAGAGGCAGAGAAAUGCAGUGGCUUCGACGAGGCACAGGAGGAAGAAGAAGAUCAUGCAGGAGGAGAACUCAAAACAGCUACAAGAGCUUCGGGAUGAAAGGCGUCUCAUGGAGAUACGGAUCGAGGAGUUGAUUCAACAGCGGGACUUCUACCGUGAAGACCGUAACCGUUUACGAGACAUUGUCGCACAAACGCCAUCAAUAAGUGGCCAUGCUGCUGGACCUCCUAGUCCUACUAUUUCGACAARCAAUUYUUAUGCAGAGACUGGGUCGUUAGCAUCGGGGCCAUCUGGGUCUAUGAGUUACGGAGAUGUACUAUCGAACGAAAGACCAGCCCAACGCCGUCGAACCGACGAUCAUCCUGAAUAUUCGCUACCACCAUACGGGUCCCCUAUGAGCGGCGACCCGAGUGCAUCUCUUAGUGGACUACCUCCAACGCCCAUGUCAGGUUGUAGCGGGCCAUCAUGGUCAUCAUCUGCGGCAUCCUCGGCGAGCGGUGAAAGGCUGCCGCCACUGAGAGCGAUGGAAGGUCGACCUCCUACUGGCCCGGGGGAUGGGCCAGGGGUUCAAGAGCAGGAUCCGCGAACUGGUCAGUGGGUUCCCGUUCAGCCUCGAGUUGCCGAGACUGGCUGGGCAACACGGGACACUCACCGCAGGCCUUGA